CCAGCUCACUCCAACGGCAAUAAGUGAAAACUAAGGGAAAAAAAAGUAAUACGAGCUAAAAGGGCUCGGUCAGUUGUAUUUGUGUUGUAAAGUUUAAUUUCUAAGGGGUUGUUGUCAUUUUCAGAUCAAAGGACGUAUUGCAAAGUGUAUGAAGUGAUUGAGAACCAUAUAGAUUUUACGUGUUAAACAAAACAUCAGGACAGGUGUGGCCCAACUUGUUACCCUGCUUGUCGGCGAUCAUCAAAAUUACUUCGGUGGAAUACAUUUAAUCACUUUUAUCAUCAAAUCGAGUGGCAUAUUUACAGAACCAGAAGAAUACUAUUUUUUUUUGGAGCACACCCAUGUUGGGUUACCCCCCUGACACAUUGGGUGUAUUUACCCCUAUGGAUGGGCUUGAUGAGCAGCCUGUUCACCAUCCCAACAGCUAUGACCUAGACUCAAAUGACUAUCACCCCAAAAGCAACCUGAGGAGAGGAUUUUCAGCACGUUUUGCUCAAAACCCUUUUUUUGGAACCCCUAGCCGAAAGAAAAAUGACAAAUUUUCUUCAAGGAGGAAGUCCAUCAGCAAUUUGACAAAUAUUGAAAGCAACACUGUAGGUGCUGGUAAUGUCAACACUAAGAAUAGUAACAGCAAGAGGAGUGGAGGCUUUCUCUCAAAAGUUCUUCAGCAGAUGUCUGUCUUGACAAUAAACCAUGCUAGCCAAAGGAAAAGGCGAAAACAUAGUGAAGAAGAACUAGAUGAGGACAGUGCUAUUCCAGUUGUUCCCAUACCCCAGUCUAUAUCUCAUUCCAGUCAUCUAGAUCACACCAAUGGCAACAGACCGAAAGCCACCACCACUACAAGAAAGUGCAGCACUCUUCCAGCAAGGCUAGAUUACACUCCCGGAGUCAUCGGUUUACGCAAUCACGGCAAUACCUGCUUUAUCAAUGCGAUCCUGCAGUGCCUCAAUCAUACAGACCUUUUGGCUGAAUAUUUUGUUACCGAUCAGUAUCAGUCGGAUUUAAAUCGACGGAGUCGUUUGAACAUUCGCAAAUUUGGCGGUACCAAAGGUGAAAUCACGGAACAGCUAGCCGAGUUGCUCAAGGCCCUUUGGUCUAGUCAGUACGAACCGGAAAUGACUUUCAAAUUAAAGUCAGUUAUCGACAAGUACGGGACGCAAUACCGUGGGGCGGCCCAACAUGAUGCUCAAGAGUUUUUGCUAUGGCUGCUUGAUAAGGUUCACGAAGAUCUCAAUACGGCCACAAAAAAGAAGUACAAAAAAAUCAAGAAUUCGUACGGAAGACCAGACGAAAUCGUGGCUGCCGAAACGAUGGCAAACCACCUGCGAUGCAACUCCAGUUUUGUUCACCAGCUGUUUCAAGCGCAGUUUCGGUCCUCACUUACUUGUCCUCAUUGUCAAAAGCAGAGUUCCACCUUCGAUCCUUUCCUCUGUGUUUCUUUACCAAUCCCUCGCAAACGGACCCAAAAUGUUUACGUGAAUGUUGUUUAUCUCUGUCAACAACCAAGACAAGUGCGAAUUGGAUUAUGUAUGAACGGCCAGGCGGAUGUUAAGGAACUGAAGGAAGUCCUGUCAUCGGAUACAGGGAUUGAUUUCAAUCGAAUGUUGUUGACCGAAAUCGACGAACAAGGAUUUCUACGUACUCAUAGUGAUAACCAACCUAUAUCAGUACUGAGAGAAACUGACCCCCUUUACUGUAUUGAGCUUCCCGCUGUAAAAGAACCAUGCGAAGAAGAUGGGGCAUUUGUGGUUCUAUGUUGGAUCAAUGUGCUAGUUGACGAGCAUAGCCAGACUCGUCUAGGCAGCUGUUAUACCAUGCAAGUCGCCAGAGAAACUUCUUUUGAGGACCUUCAGAAGCUUCUGCUCAAAGAAAUGGCCACAGUAGUCCACCAUCAAGUUCUUUGUCAAAAGCAGGAGGAUCCAUUAUUCAAUAUUCGAAUCAUUGACGGCGUAUGCCGCUUCAUUGACUCAGAGGAAGGGGAAGAUGGUCCCCUUUAUCUGGAUGCGACUGUUGAUCAUCCUUUGUACACUGAGGCUGUUGAUGCUGCCCUUAGUCUGUGCGACCCGGAACACGGAACGCCACUACACGUUAAAAUUGUUCUCGAAUGGGACCCAGAUAAUAAGGAAAAAGCAAUUGUUAAUGACGAAGAUGUGAUUGAAGAACAUUCCAGUGUUGGCCAGCUGAAGGCUACUAAUGAAGAAUGCACGUCAGUAACUUUGGAAGAGUGUUUCCAGCUAUACACGCAAGCAGAGCAAUUGGGUCCUGAAAACGCGUGGCACUGUCCUUCUUGUAAUCGAAAACAGGAAGUAGUCAAGCGUUUAGCCUUAUGGUCCUCGCCUGAUAUCCUCAUCGUUCAUCUCAAACGUUUCAAACAGUCGGCUAAACAGAGAACAAUGUCCAAGCUGUCGGUGAUGAUAGAUUUCCCGGUGCAUGGGCUUGAUCUAACCAACCAUUUGGCGUCAAGAUCUCAUUCCUCUCAUUUGAACAGUCAAGACAUUCAAAGUAAUAAUGGAUAUAUCAAUCAAAACCCUAGUGGAGUCGGAUGGCGGUCGCUGUGGUCACCUCUCAGAAUGCGUUCAUCUUUUCGAUCCUCAACUAUCGCUUAUAACUCCCACAACACUGAAUGCCUGCCCAAUAACCCGUCUAAUCGAAGGGGCCUGGACGAACAUGUUUACGAUCUUUAUGCGGUCUGCAAUCACCACGGUACUGGACUCGUUGGUGGUCACUAUACUGCUUACUGUCGCAAUCCAACCGAUGGAAUGUGGUAUCUAUUUGAUGACGCCCAUGUAUCACGCGUCAAAGAAUCAGAUAUCGUGACCACUUCGGCUUACAUACUUUUCUAUCAACGCCGCUGCCUCUCGACAUCGUCGGGAUCAAGUGAGGCAUCAAGUAGCAGCAGUUCAGGUUCUGAACACUGGGCUUUCCGGUUACCGCGCGGAGAGGCGCGUUCUCAGCUGUCCGCAUCCAAUUCAAGGAGGGGUUCCACCGAAAAUUUCAGUCGCAAGGAUCGACUGUAUUCCACUCUACCAGCAGGCAAUGUUGGUCGAGGGGUUAGAAGCGCUAGUCUUGCUCGAUAUGAAGAAACUGCUGACUGGUCAGAUGACGACGCAGUUGCCUUGAAUGGAGACUGGGGUACGCCAGAAGCUCCGCGACGCAAUGAUAGCUCUCAACCGCAACAUUAAAUAAGAAAUAUCCUCCGUUGAUUCCGCCAAGAAAGAUGACCAUUUAAACUUCAUUUCUCAUGACCAUGUGAACCUCUUGUAAGUUGACGAUUGCCCUAGUCUCCAUCUGUCUCUCUAUCUAUAUACAUACAGUUUGAAAACAGCACCCGAGGCCUUUUG